AUGGAGGCACCAAAACCUCCUCUGUGUACGUUGUUGCUACAGAGCUCCGAGCCGAGUCUACAUGAUUACAAUCAUCUACUAUCCGGUAUUAGCAAGUACUACACUCGUCUGCAUGUGAGCAUGCGAGAUGAAGCCCUCCGAGACCAGAUCAUGCUCAACCCUGAGCGAACGAUCACACGUCUUCAGAGAGCCUUCAGCAUACUGAAAGACCAGAAAAUGUCAGCACCCGCCGCAGAGGGAAUAUUCAAAAGCGUCGUCGGAACCCUCGUCAACUCGCCAGAUCACCUUCUUACUCCCGAGCUAGCCUUCCAGCUAGUCGGAUCCUCCCUUUCGAUCGUUACUCGCUACCCCGGGGCCUACUUGCAGCUCGUUGCAGACCUCUUUCUCACACAGGAAGGAAUGUUUGAGCGCUUGGUUGCUGACGAGAAGCGUUGCUCCGCCAUAAAAUCAUUGUUGCUUUCGAAGAAGACAUACCUGGACUUCCAAACCCUUUGCGCUAUCACGGAAAGACUCAUUCUCAUGUGUGACAGCUGCUCCGGCCAUGGUGUCAGCGAAAUUUCCGAAAGCUGGUACAGAGCCAGGACUUUGAUGUCCACCCUGAAGAGCCUGAUUCAGUCUCACCGGGAAGAGAACCACAAGACCAGCGAGAAAGAGAAUUUGCCUCCCUUGGAGAACAUGCGGGCUCUUAACCCCGAUGACAAGAAAACCAGCCAGACCCUCAUGGUGAAAAGUCAGGAGAGCUCAUUCAAGAUACCUCAGUCUGUCCUUGACAUCCUGAAAUCACUCAAUGGGCCCCAGAUAAGCUCCAUCGGCCAUCUUCUUCAUGCCCUUGAAUUCAUUCAGAAUGAGAAAAUACCUGAACUCUUACACAAAGCGCUAGAUAGUUUCCCAUGCAGACUCUGCUUAGAGAGGGUGACGGGAACUACGUCCACGUUCGCGGGCUUUUUGGACCAUCGCGAUUGUCAGGCCUUGACUAACAGCCACUCGAUUGACAUAUUUGGAAAGAAAGUCGGACUGUGGAAAGUUUUACUGUCCGACGCUGCGAUGAAGAAUGCGAAAAAGUUGGCUCGCGCAGGCGACUUUUCUCGCGUUGAGCAAAAACUCAGGGAGUUGGCAAGCGGUGCAUGGAAAGGAAAGGACCUCUCCCGUCUAACUGGCUCCAAGAAGCAAAGGCAGGAAAUGAUUAUCCCAAUUCUGCAAGCUCACGUCUCUCGCACCAUGUCAAUUCUCUGGCACCUUGAUGUGGGAUUUGAACAUCAAUCCCCGGGCGUUCAGCAGCAGAUUGUUAAAGUUUGGCAGAUCACAAGCUCGGAUGACGAGGUUGACGCUGCCAUCAAUCAAAUCAUCAGCUUGCAGAGCUAUAUCGCUCCAGAGAUCGCCCGACUCUGCCUAACGCGCCCUGGACAGCACCCAAAUGGCGUUUUUUUCCCGAACAAGCUGGGGCCUACCCAGGGUGUCUACGCAAAGAUGAAACCGAUGGGCGCAGCCAGGAUUGAUCAUGCAUUGAUCGAGAUGUCAAACAAGUUCUUCAAUGUGACUGAACCUUUCCUCAAGUCCAUCGUCAGCAACACAGAUUUGGAAGAGUUUCCAUUUGACCUAUCACCAGAAGAAAUGGAGAUUAUUGGACAUUUUAACACGUCUAGCCUGAUUCUUGGAAGAAGCGGUACGGGUAAAACCACAUGCCUUCUGUUCAAGAUACUCGCCAAGCACAGAGCGAGACAGAAAAUGCCCGAUGGAAAAGCCGCUCGACAGCUCCUCCUGACCCGUUCACCAUAUCUGGCCGCAAAGCUUCAGACCUAUGCCAGAAGCUUGAUCAAUACGCAGUUCGAAAAAGAGGCACACGGAACACCCUCUUACAAUGAGAAGAUGGAGUCUUUCUUUGCUUUGAAAGACGAAGAUUUCCCUUUUAGUACAAAUGCAGAGCUGCAAGCACUCGACAAGCCCAAGGUGGUAGAUUUCAAUGUUUUCAAGACGGAGUAUUGGAGCUGCCUCUCCGGGAUGGUUCCAUCUGGAUGUUCCCCGGAGCUUCUUUUUGCGGGAAUAAUGGGAGUCAUCAAGGGUUCGGCAAUCUCCGCGAGCACCUUGAUGCCCCUCAAUCGUGCCGAGUAUCUCUCCAAUUCCUCCAAGGCCUCCCCCGCAUUUGCUUCAGAGGUAGAACGCGAAGUUGUCUACCGGACUUUUGAACGAUAUGAACGGCAGAAGAAACAGCGACACCAAAUUGAUGAGCUGGACCGUGUCAUAGAUUUGUUGAAGUUGCUGAAAGGGGAUUCCUCUUUGGAAUCUCUCAUUCGUCAUUGCUUUGAAGAAGUCUAUAUCCAAGACUUACGUUGUCUCGACAUCGUUUUACUUCUAAGCUGCUUGAGUGAUGCUCGUGGCAUUCAUCUGGCUGGGGACACGGCACAGUGUAUUUCGAAGGACUCUGCCUUCCGGUUUCCCGAAAUCAAAGCGCUCUUCUAUGACUAUUAUGAGGUAAUUUCCAAAGAGCUGAAUCAACCUUCCAUCGCCAAGCCUGUGCAGUUCAUGCUGGCCAAGAACUACCGGUCUCAUCAAGGUAUUCUUAGCUUCGCAUCUUGGGUUAUGACAAUGCUGUGGAAUGGCUUCCCUGAGACCAUCGACAAGCUAGAUCCUGAGAUCGGUCAGACCGGAGGCCCCAAACCAAUCAUUUUUGCCGGAUUUGACUCUUCGAUUCUGUCAGCCAAGAUGAUCGGUCUCGUCAAAUUGAACGACCAGAUAGCUAACUUCGGUGCCGAACAAGUGAUUCUUGUCCGGGACGAUGCAUCCAAAUCUAGACUGCAGGCACAGAUUGGUGAUAUCUCACUUGUUCUUACCAUCCUCGAGAGCAAAGGCAUGGAGUUCGACGAUGUCCUUGUCUAUGACUUUUUUGGAAGCAGUGGACUUGGUAGCAGCUAUCGAUGCUUGUAUUUGCUUGCUCACAAGCAACAUACAAAGUUUGACGCGCGAAAACACGCGGCCCUGUGCUCUGAGCUGAAGCAUCUUUACGUUGCAGUAACAAGAGCGCGCAAGCACUUGUGGUUCAUGGAAACCAUUGAGGCCAGCAUCGAUCCAGUUCUUCAAGCGCUCUCGGUUCAUGGACAGACUGAUCUCGCUGAGCUCGUGAGGAAGAAAGAUCGAGAUGUUGCCGUAAAGGUCCAAGUCCUCCGAGCAGGUGGCUCGGUGGACCCAGAGAGAUGGCUAAAGCGAGCAGCACAUCUGCUACACCAAAAGAACUUUGCCGAUGCCUUGUUUUGUUACAGAAAAGCAAAUGACUCUCGCGGUAUGACACAUUCCCAAGCCUGGCUAUAUGAACAAGAGGCGCGAUCACUUCGAGCACUCGAUGAUCUUGAAGGCUCUACUUCCAAAUAUGAGCAAGCAAUUGCGUGUUUUCUGGAACUUAAUUUGUUCUCCGACGCUGCAGACUGCUACCAGGCUCUUGAAAGAUACGACAAAGCUGCAGAAAUCUGGAAAAGCCAAGGCCAAUUACCUAAAGCCGCAGCGUUUUACGAAAAAGGUGGCCACUUGCGUCAAGCUUCCGAUUGUUUCCAUUUGCAUGGAGAUUAUGAACAGGCAAUAGAGGUCUUGCGCCGAGGUAAAGAAUUCGGUGAGCUGAUCCAAUACAUCAAGCGACAUGGACAUAGGCUUCCACUCCAUACUUUGACCCGCUAUUCUCGGCUCUGCAACAUCCUGCUCAGACAAGGCCGCAUUUCGACUGACUUGAGAGCGACAACAAUCGAUCUUUUGGGAUCCGAUGUAGAAAAACUGUCAUUCUUCAAGGAAUUUGAGAUGUUUGAUCAGAUGCGAUCGCUCUACAAAGAGCGCCACAGGUGGUUUGAAUACUACGAGCUUUCGGUCGCCGUUGGAGAUCUGCCUGAAGCUAUGAACACCCUUCUGACCCAGAAACUGUUGCCAGUGAUCGACAAGAAAGUUGCCGAGAUGAUUUUGCACUACUCAAUGGCUGAGACCCUUCUCAAUCACCGCCACUUGAUUGACAGCCGACCCGAGCUGGAAAAGGAUUUGUUACAGUCAUCCCGAUCGACACCCUUAGAAAAGACUGCUCUGCAAUGGCUCAGUAUUUUCAACUUAAUUGAUGAUUAUGAGGGAAAGAGCGCUCAGGCUUCAUUCAAGUCGCUGGGGGCAAGCCCAAUCCUAGUAGACUUCUUCAGUCUUUUCUCGAUUGUCUACCAGUCCGAGAUCAAGCUUCUCGAAAGGGACAAACUCAUGAACCUACCCAUGGACAUCCUCACCCAUGUCAUUCGACUCAUUCAGAAUAUGGAAUUUGGAGAGCUCAAGGAUUCGGAAGGUCUAAUGCUCGUCUGCGGUCUAUGGAGCUCGCCAAAAAAUUCAAACCAGAUGACUGUACUUCCUUGGUCCCCUCUGCGGACCGACGGUUUGCAAAUGCUAGAGGACAUGUCCCUAGAAGCUUUGCUGACUCAAGCAAGACAGUGGAUUCGAGAGAGAUUCUUCAGUACUGUGGAAGCCUUCCAAAGCGUUGCUUUUAAUCUCUUCAAAGAUCUUUUUCCCCGGCGCUGCAAGCACUUUCUUUACAGGGGGACUUGCCUCAAAGCUCGCGCAGGAGAAUGUCAUUUUUUUCAUGAAAAACCAAGCCACGACGACUGUUUUUUGAAGCUGACUUGCCUUCUCAACGUCAGUGAAGUCUUGAGCAGACUCAGCAUCUUGUAUUAUCACCGACUCAUGCCGGAAUCUUUCUGCGUACAAUACCUUGGCAUGCGGAGACGCUGGUUGCACCUACUCCUCAAUGAGCUGAUUUUCAUCAGUUCUUUCGAGCAUUCAGCCGAAGCAAUUUCAAAAAUAGGCAAUUUGCUACAUAGCCCGAUGUUCUUUGCCACCACAUCGAGCAUUGAGAAUCUCCUCUUCUAUCGAAUGCAGGAAGAGUGGCAUGAGAUCUAUACCUUCAGUGGAAUCUUUGAGCAGCUUCAGAUGGCCCAUGUUCUCGGCCCUCGGGUUGCUCUCAGCUACGCCCGCGCCUUAGCAAAGAAAAAGAGCUACAUUCUAGGCCGUCGCCGAAGAGAAUCAAAUCCGUUGAACAACACAUUCAGCGCUGUGCAGGCAGUAGAUCAGAUUCGAUGGGCUAUUUCAGAGGCCAACAUCACAGACUUCUACUCUCGAGUCAGGGAGUUUCUCAUCUGUGUGGAGCGAGCUGAAGCUACUGAGCUCAGGACCUUCCACAGCGUAAUGGCAAUUUUCGAACUUGUGGCGACAUACAUAGUGCGUCAAUUUCAUGUCUGGGGUCGGGAACGGCUUACUUACAUUUUACAGCUGUGUAUUGUCAAUUACAACAACGCCAUAAUGGUGCCAUCGUCAUGGGCCAUACAAUAUCUCCCAGUGAUUUUCAAGGCCCCACUGGCAUGGAACCAUUUUUACCAGGAUUCGGAUCGCAACAUGCAGCUCGGACUCCUCAAGGCACUCAUCGGAUCAUUCUGCAAAAUCACUGAAAGUCUGGAGCAUGCCAUAUCUCGGCACAAUUUCACAAUCGAAGCGCUAAGUCACAGAUCCUCCCCCGUGGUCCACAGGAAGCGCAUUUUCGACUAUCUUACAACAAUCAUUCUGAAUCUGCAUGCUUACACGCCUCUGCCUCGAGGGUUUGCAGAUAUGUGGGAGAAAGCACAACAGGUGAUCAUAAAUUCUGCACCGCCUUCAUUUGUUUGUUCAACAGCCAUUUCGAAAUUUCGGGACGAAGUCACACGGCAGUAUGCUGGCUACAAUGACAAAGAUAAAUUGCAAGUGAUCUGUCUCGACGAUAACAACAAAUGUCCAGCCUUUUUGCGCAGCUUUGUUACAACAGCAAGUCCGCAGGUGAAGCUCAGCACACUUCUCGAAAGCUCGUCGGGCGAGGAUAAGCGUGCACAGACAACUCUUGCGAAAGACGCCGCCGACGCUGACGAAUACACCCGUCACGAGCUGGAAGUAAUCAUUAGCCUCCAAAGUCGAUGGCGACGCGUUAUGAAGAUCCUCGCAGACGCCCGCUGCCUGAAAAGAUCCAACAAAGGGCAAAUCUUCCUCCAACUUUUUGCCCUUUGCCAGCAAAGAUUCAAUACUCUCCCUGGCUCAGCCCGCGUAUCUGCGAAGGAAAAGAUUCGCAUUCGCAAGUUAAUUUUCACUAACGGCGUGGACAUUAUAAGUGAACUCAACAGCCUGUAUACGAGUCUCCGUCGAUUGAAGGAGAAGUGGAAAAGCUGUCUCGAGAACCCUCACGUCACCGCGGAAGAAAUUGAGGAACUGGAUACCGUGCACGGACAUAUCCGUCCCUUGGAGGUCAAGCUUGAACAAAUUGCCCAGUUAUGGUCGUUGAAGGGUCUGAGUGUCAGUAUCAUCAUGGUCACUGCGAAGUCCCAUGGUGAGAAGGCUCGCGAAGCUCAACGCACUAUCUGGGCUGUCAAGCAAGAGAUUGAGGUUGUGCGGAGCCAACUUGAGGAAGUUGCCAAGUACUAG